UGUUCUUGCAGUGGAAGCUGUAGGAAUUGCUAUUUUUAUAUGGUGGCUUAUGAGAAGGGUUGAUAAAGGCAAACAACCUCAAGGGUCUUUGUCUUUUGCUGGAGAUAUUGAUCCAUCUUUCUACAACAAGCAGGCAGGGAAUAGUAUGGGUUCUAGAAUCUGAAAGAAUCCUGAAAGCUUUAAACACGGACAAAGCUACAAAGCAGAACAAAGCCCAGAAAGAGAUCUUAGAGGUAAUACCUUCUCAGAAAUUUGGAAAAAUCAAGAAUCACUCUCUCAUCCUAAGAGAAUCGGAUGGUUCCCAUACUGAAAUUCCACUCAAAGGUUGCAUGGUUGCAGCUGUUUCUGCUUCAAGCUUGUCCACCCGAAAAUGCUUGAAGCUAAAAGAUAUAUAAUGGGCAUAGUGCUCUGCUAGAUUGCCUCCACAUCGGGCAGGCAAGAGACAUAGCUAGAACUCAGUCUUUUUAAUCCACAGACACCCCAGGGAGUUUGAAUACUACUUUCUUUUCUACUGGGAGAUGGGAUAAUUGAAAGAAUUCUGUUCAACAGCCCAAGGGCAUAGGUCCGAUAGUUCUGUUCUUAAAACUCCAUUCCCAGCACCUUUCCUUAUUUCCAUCUGUUUUUGAUUUACUUUUUCUGUUUUGCUGUAAAAGUGAACAACUCCUUCAUAUCCUGGUUUGACCUUGUACGAUGUAUAAAAUCUUCACUAUUCAAGGUUAUAAGAGGCAACAUGAGGCGAAAAGAUACCCAAUUAAAGUUGAAAGUGGAGCAUCUGCUGUAUAUAAAGGAAGUAGAAUAUUUUACCUUUACCUGGAAACAUCUUGGGAGAAGGAAGCAUGGUGCAAAGCCCUUCGUCUUGCUUCCUGUGAGGAUGAAGAAAAAAUAAAAUGGUUGGCAAAGUUAAAUGUAGAGUUCCAGAAUUACCUGACGUCACUAAACGCAGCGUAUCCUUCAUUUAUGAAACCAUCUUCAAGUUUUGGUGCUGAAGUAGUGGAUAAAUUAAGUAAGCCAGAUGGUUCCUCGUCAAAAGUUCGUCAAUUUCUAAAAAAGUUAACCAAGAAAGCUUCCAAGAAUGCUCCAGAAAAUAAGGCAAGUAGCAGUUUAAAAUUAGGCCCUGAAGAACGAAAGUUGAUUGAGAAAGGCCCUUCAUUCCAAGACCUUGACUUGGCUAGUAGUGUCAUGAAGGUUGCUCCAACAAGAAAGCCUCUUGAUUUUUCCAAUGAGGAUGUUAUAGUGCCUUCAUCUACUGGGUCUGUCAUUUCUGAUGCAGAUUCUGAGGACAGGGUUAUUGGUGAUGAAGGAUCCCUUUGUUGGAAUUUGUUAAUAUCACGGUUGUUCUUUGAUGCUAAAAGAAAUGAGCAGAUGAAAAGUUCUUUGCAAGAACGGAUUCAGAGAACCCUCUCCAAUAUUCGUAGCCCCAGUUACAUAGGUGAAGUAACUUGUGCAGCUGUUAAUGUUGGUGACCUCCCUCCCUAUAUACAUGCAAUGAGGGUUCUUCCCUCAGAUAUGAACGAGCUCUGGGCUUUCGAAAUUGAUAUUCAGUACUCUGGUGGUGCAAUAUUAGACCUUGAAACGAGGCUUGAAGUUCAAGACCUUGAUUUACAUGAGGGGGACGAAGCAAGUUUAGAUUCAAGUGUUGUUGAUAACGUUAAAUCAGAUCUGUUAGAAGGUUAUGAACGCUUCAGUGAACAAUUUAAGCAUUCCGACGAGAACGCAGAUAAGAUGGACCAAAGAAGUGGUGGUGAUAUACUUGCACGUAACUUUUCAACCGCGAGCAGAAGCUCUAAUUGCUCUAGUAGCUCACCUCCUGGAUCUAAGUGGAAAUCAAUCUUACAUUCUGUGGCCAAGCAGGUUUCACAGGUUCCACUCUCAUUGGGGAUCAGGGUUGCAUCUCUACGAGGAACACUGAGAUUAUACGUAAAGCCACCACCUUCAGAUCAAAUAUGGUUUGGAUUCACAGUGAUGCCAGAUAUUGAUAUCCAUUUGAACUCUUCUGUUGGGGAUCGUAAGAUCUCAAGUGGACACCUUUUGUUGUUCAUAACCAGUCGAAUUAAGGCUGCUAUUCGUGAAUCUGUUGUGCUUCCAAACUGUGAGAAUGUAUGCAUACCUUGGAUGAUAGCGGAAAAGGAUGAUUGGGUUCCCCUAAAAGAUGCUCCAUAUAUAUGGAUUCAUAACAAAUCUGCAGGUAAUGCCAAGAAACAAGAAGCAGAUAGGAGAAGUACCAGCAGUAAUGCUGAAAGUGAACAAGAGAAACUGAACAGAGUUGGAUGGGCUACUCAAAAGAGUAAGUCCCUGGAUCCACACUCUUUGUACUCAGCUCCUAAGGUCCAGCCUAGUUUCAGAAGCCUCACUACUAGUCCAGAAAGAACACACCUUAAGUCUAAGAAACAUCAGGGAGAGACACUACAACGCAAGUCAUCAGACCCACAGGUAUAUUUAUCAGUUCAUAUGGGCCAGUCUUCUGGAGCGGACUUGCAUGCCCCUUUGUUGAGCCACAAUGAACAGCUAGAGAGUCACCGCAUGAGCACAGAGGAAAACAUGCAAAGCUACUCACCUUCAUCUUCUCAUUCACUGAGUAUGCUGGAGGAACAAAAUAGUUCUACAGAAGAUGAGAUGAAGCCAAAAAGAACAAGUGCAAGGGCUAAGAUGCUUGGUUUGCGGAAAAAAAUGGGGGAAAAGCUUGAAGAGAAGAAGCGUCACAUAGAAGAGAAGGGGAGACACUUGGUGACAAGGAUGAGAAGCCACAAGGAAUAUUCGUAAAUCUGCAGUUCCCUCAGUUCAGUUUGAUUGCACAAGGGAAAACACGGGUCAGUUUAGGCUAUACGCAAGUUUCUCUCACUUAUUCAAGUAGCUGACGAAAAUUGGAUCCAUACUCAGUCUUGUGGCCUGAUACCCUUGGUCGAUGAUCUCUUCUCACUUGUAAAAGUAAAAAUUGUAGCCAUUAGAAACCCAUUUCAAGUACAGUCACAUAGUAGACUUAAACUGCUUAGUCUUUGCAGAAAUGAUGAAUACACUUGUACCAAAUCAGAUUUAUUUAACUAAAAAUGGUCUGUUAUAUGCCAAUGACAACCCAUGUUUGCACUUGCAGUAGGCAGACAGAAUGGUCAAUACAAAAAAAGGUCUUCAAAGUAACACCAAAGAUUUGUAAUGCAGGAUUAUUAAGUUCUUUUUCUUUAGCAAA